CGGGUAGAGCAAGAGAAAGAGGGAGCGAGCGGCGAUGCGUUGGCCGCGGAAAGAAAGAGAGAGAGAGAGAGAAAAGAGACGACCGCUUCUCGAAUAGAGUGAACAGCCAUAUUGCUCUGGCGGAGGUUUGUUUGUUUUGUGGUGGCAACGCACGGUCGGUCGGUCGCGCGCAUUUCCAACAACAAUCCGUCCGGACGCGGGCGUCAUCGACGAGGCACACUCGUGGAGGUCGCCCUCACCGGCAAUUCGCUCGCGUGGCUGGUAACCGUGCGUUGUACGCCGUCGUACAUUCUCUUACUCAGCCGCCGCCGCUCCCCCGAGUUCCCCUCCUGUCUCAGAACCUCCGUCACUCUCCCCCUCGAUCGUCGGUCCUUCUCCUUCCGCUCCUCGUUCUCCCCUCCCCCGCCCGCCCAUCCCGGGCCACGGCCCGUGCGAUUGACUGCGCUGGGGUAUCAGUUGUACACGGGACGCGGUGAGCUUAAGAGUGCCGCACCACUAACGCCACCAACGCCAUGGCGUGCGCCACACUCAAGAGGUCCUUGGAGUUCGACCCGGUGCACAGCCACGGCCGGCCAAGCAAGCGACGGAGAUGCGUGCCCAUGUGCGCGGUUUCGCCCGGCGGCUCGGCCGUCGCCGCCUCGCCCACCUCCCGUAGCGGCCCGCUGCCGCAGAAGGAGUCGCCGUUCGGCGAGAUAGCCAACAAAUUGACGCCUGAAAAAAUGGCUGCCAAUAUCAGAGAAGAAAUACGCAGAAUGCAACGGCGUAAGCAGUUGCAAUUUCAUCCACAGACCAACAGUGGCGAUUCAUCUGACACAGAGGCUCCUUCUAGCCCUUUGACUUCAGCUGCCUCUUCUACAACUCCUUUUAGUCAUAGUUCUAGCGGCAAGGAAAAAUUGGAGAAACCCCUCUUCACAUUUAGACAGGUUGGCUUAAUCUGUGAACGAAUGCUCAAGGAGCAGGAAACACAAAUCCGAGAAGAAUACGAUCAGAUCUUACAUCUAAAACUUUCCGAGCAGUAUGACGCGUUUGUUAAAUUCACAUACGAUCAAAUACAAAAGAAAUUCGAGUCUGCAGCUGCACCAAGUUAUCUAUCAUAAGAAAGGAUUCUUAUUUAUAAGGAGAUACUUCUGUGAGGAAUAUUAGAUUUAUACUGUGUGAAACAAAUUUCGCUUGACGUUUGCUGCCGGGGUUCGCAGCGCCGCCUCGUUUCGAAAAUCACCUCUAAAACGAUAACGGUUUCAGCCAAGUGUCCUGUAAAAAGAAAUGAAAAAAAAAGGAACUAAACACGGAGACUAGCGACGUAAGUUCGUAGAGAAGAGAAAGAGAGAGAGAAAGAAAAAGUUGUGUGUGCGCGCGCCUGUAUGUGUGUAUGUGUAUGAGUGUGUGAUUUGUGUAUGCCGCGAUGAACUGCACAUAACUACGAGAAUCUACCUAAUGUAUACCUUCGAGACUAACAUACAAUAUUUGUACUGUUCGACAUUAGAAGUGCGCUGGUAUCAGGGAACUGUACUAGGAAUUCUACUUAUGUACAAAUGUUAUUACGGUUGAAAAGUACGAUACGUGUACACAGUGCAGGGCUACGUAGUGUGAUGGAACAGUGUUGGCAUAUAAAAUGUAAAAUAUACGCCAAUGCAUUCAGAAUUGCAUAUUCAAAAUCGUUACUCAUCGUUCGCAAGACCACAUUCUAUCCAACACUGUGUGGUGGUGCUUCGCUAAGGCUUGAUAACCUUCGGAAGCGGAGAGAGAGAGCGAGAUAGAGAGAGAGAGAGAGAGAGAUCUUCCCAACUUAUCGCGAACGUCUGUAUUUUCCUCGUAAUUUGCUUCGGGAAUUCAAUUCGCGGAAAAUUCUAGACCACCACCUCGUACGUGUUUCUUGAAUAGAGAGCAUUGCGUCGGAAACGCUAAUUGAAGUACUCUCCAAUGAUAAUCCUCUUUCCGUUUGCUGUGCGACAAUUUAGACAUUGCUCAAGUAUAUACACGGCAGCAACCAAUGCUCUCACACGAUGCGAACAAGUGUAUUAUAACGUACGCGUUCUGCGAAUUUUGCGGGGCUGGUAAAGAUAAACUGUGUGUGUACACGAUUAAGAUGAGAUGAGAGAGAGAGAAUGAGAGAGAGAUUGCCUUUCUCGAAGUCUAACUGGCUCGUAACGAGGACGAGCGAAAACGAGCGUUUAAGGUUUCGAUGUAAGUCAUGCAAAAUUUAGCCGGUCGAAUCGAUCUUGUUUUAUGAAUUAUUUGUAAGAUGUAAUACAAGAGUUAUGAUACAUAUGUAGCGUAACAUGUAGCGUAACUUGUUAAAUGGAUGAUGAAUUCGUUUCGACUGGUUUUUGCGAGAUAACGGAUUCAUCCCUCGAGUUCCGUCGGAGAGAAUUUUUGUUUUAGGAAGUAAUAAAUCGCGAUAAUAUCUUCGUCGUUCUGCGCGAAUAAGAAAAGAAAAAGAAAGGAUGUAUGAUUAAUUGUAAAAUUGGUAUUUAUCGCAGUUAAGUGAUUUUCGUUUUGCAGAUUACUGGAAAUUCUUUGUAAUAAAAAGGAAAAAAAAAGGAAGGAUCUCAUUUAAGGUAUAAAAAAAACGCGUUGAACGAGCCGUAUAAAAAAAAAGCGUCGAGAUAAUAAGUAGGCUGUAGUAGGCAUUGUAUGAAAGCAUUGUGAAACGCAUAAGUAUUUGGAAUAAAGAUUUCAUAAAAUUUCA